CUCAUUUUAAUACCUUUCUAUUAUUCUACCAUGUACUCAAUAUUUAUGACUCCUGGGUUAGAGGUGAUAUAUACAUAUGCCUCUAAUAAAGUUCAUGCAAUUUGAUCAUGUUUGCAUAGAUAACAUUUGAGUAAGCCAAAAUUACAUUUAAGGAACUGGACUCAUAAACUUAACUUCUAAAUUACAGUUCAGUAUGAAAGCAGAGAACCACACAAGGGUAUUGGAGUUCCUCAUCAUGGGUCUCUCGGAGAAUCCAGAACUGCAGCCCAUCCUCUUUGGACUCUUCCUAUUCAUGUACCUGGUCACAGUGCUUGGAAACCUGCUCAUCAUCCUGGCUGUCAGCUUUGACUCUCACCUCCACACUCCCAUGUAUUUUUUCCUCUCCAAUCUGUCCUUUAUUGACAUCUGUUUCAUUUCUACCACAAUACCAAAGAUGCUGGUGAACAUCUACAUACAGAAAAAAAACAUUCCUUAUAUAGAGUGUCUUACACAGGUAUAUUUUUUUAAUUCUUUUGCUGGAAUGGAUAAUUUCCUAUUGACUUUGAUGGCUUAUGACCGCUUUGUAGCCAUCUGCCAUCCUCUUAACUACACUGUUAUAAUGAACCCUCAAAUCUGUAGCCUCUUGCUUCUUAUGUCUUGGAUCAUCAUGUUCUGGAUCUCACUCAUUCAUGUUCUACUGUUGAAUGGAGCGAGUUUCUCCAUAGGCACAGAAAUCCCACAUUUCUUCUGUGAACUGACUCAAGUUCUCAAGGUAGCUACCUCUGACACCCAUAUCAAUAAUGUUUUUAUGUAUGUUAUAACUUCUUUAAUAGGUGUAAUUCCUAUGACUGGGAUCCUCCUCUCUUACUCACAGAUUGUGUCAAAUCUAUUAAGGAUGUCACCUAUUGUGAAUAAGUAUAAAGCCUUUUCUAUCUGUGGAUCUCACCUGUGUGCAGUCUCCUUGUUCUAUGGGACAGGAUUUGGGGUUUACUUCAGUUCCUCUGUAACCCUUUCCUCCCAGAGAAGAAUGGUUGCCUCAUUGAUGUACACCAUCAUCAGCCCCAUGCUGAACCCCUUUAUCUACAGCCUGAGGAAUAAGGAUGUGAAGGGGGCCCUUGGUGAUCUUUUCAUCCGAGUUGCCUCUUAUACCUCAUGGAUUGUUGACCCUAGAGCUAAAUGGAUGGUUCAAACUGUAUGGAAAAUUUUAUGA